CCCGCCCCCUACCACCACCCUGAACCCAACUAUGAUGUACCCCCUAAGUACGAGUAUACCUACGACGUCAAUGACGACUACCAGAAGUUGAAGUUCGACAAGUCAGAGUCUCGCGACGGCUACAAGACGGCUGGGUCAUACUCCGUCGAUCUACCCGACGGCCGCAAGCAGAUUGUCACUUACACCGACAACGGUGACGGCCUGCUGGCGGAAGUGGCUUACGAGGGCGAGAUUGUUAUUGACCCCUACCCCAAGCACUCCGCUCCCCCUCCCGUCUACCCCAGGAAGCCCUACUUCCCAGCCUACCACCCUGCCCCCUCCUACCCCCGCUACCCCUCUUACCCCGCCCCUUCCAAACCCGCUGAAGACGAGGAGUCAGAACCAGUUGCUGACCUCAUAAUUGCUGAGGAAGCUGCCCCUGCUGAAGAGGCCGCCCCUGCUGAAGAGGCCGCCCCUGCUGAUGAAGCCGCCCCUGUCGAAGAAGCUGCUCCUGUAGAGGUUGUUGAGGCUGCCUCUGCUGAAGAAGCUGCCCCUGCUGAUGAAGCCGCCCCUGUCGAAGAAGCUGCUCCUGUAGAGGUUGUUGAGGCUGCCCCUGCUGAAGAAGCUGCCCCUGCUGAAGAAGCUGCCCCUGCCGAAGAAGCUGCCCCUACCGAAGAGGCUGCCCCUGCUGAAGAGGCUGCCCCUGCUGAAGAGGCUGUUCCUGCUGAGUACGCCCCAGUAGUUGAGGAAGCUGCUGAGGCGGACGCAGAGGCGCCAGUCACUGAGCCUGCUGAAGCGUAAAGUGCAUGAGUGGCUGCAUCACAGACACCUUUAAGGCGUGUUCAUAAAGGACAGAACGACGUACUGCACAACUUGGUGUACUUUCUCUUGCCUUCUCCUCACAUCUCUGUGACUCUCUUAAUAAGAUUCUGUCCCUGGUGAACGCUGCCGGAGUACACUGUAAAGUCCUGCUGCGAAUAACACGACGCCGCCACAAUACCUACGGCGACAACAAUGAGGAAAGGAAAUUGGAGACAGUUGUAUUGCAGCCAUCCCUCGAGUACCGCCUGCCUGCUAUCAUUGUUCAUCUCAGAUUCCUCAUCCACUAUGGAAACUACUAGAUCAAAAUAGCUCCUUGUUACUCUUAUCACCAUUCAGUACAGAGUGCCCGUCUGAUAUUUACAUAGUAAUAGAUCAAACUAGUUAAAACUGUCUCAUUUGCCAUAUCGUGUUGGGGUGAAGCAAGUUAGGAUCAGCCCGGUCAACACCUCAUCACGAACCCGUUUAAAUCAUUUUAUUAAUCAUUUGAUGCCUUAAACUACAAUAACCAAGAACUUGUUUGCAUAAAGGAUUCUGAGAACCCUUGGUGCCAAUGUUGCCAACACUAUUAUGGGGGUUUAUUUGCUCAACUUACUGUAUGACUCACUGUUGUGGUAUCACUGGAAGAUGUUUCAGGUGCACAGUGAGCCUCGCUCCCUCUCACCCACUACUGUGCCUGUCUUGCUCCUCUGUCCUGUCACUCACUGUAGUAUUUAUUUCAACUUACAUGAUGCUAUUUUUUUAUAUAAUAAAAUGAACUAAUUGAUAAA